AUGGAAAGAGGUGUUGAUUCUGGAAUGUCUGAUCGUCCUAAGUCGGAUGGUAGAGAAGUGCAUGAUCGUGGGAAACCUCCCAUCUUGGGUAAGGGUUUUGCGAAUAAACCAUUGAAGAUUGAUGGUAAUACACGUAUUCCUCGUAGGGGCACCGUUCAGAAUGUGCAAUUGGAACCAAAGAAAAUCAAUAUGAUUGAUGAAUUGUUAAAGGUUACGGAGCCGGUAAUGGUUGAUAAUCUGAAACCUGAUCAGAAUCAUGAGGAGCUGAAUAGUGAUGAAGUUAGCGACCAGGUUGCAGAUAACCUGAUGAAGCCGGCUGUGCAAACAUCAGUAGGUGAGGGUUCGGGUUCGGGAAUCAAUUUGGCAGCGGAUGGAAGUCAGGGAUCCUCUUUGAACCAUGCAGAUACGGUUAAACCUUUGUCAUAUGCAGCCAAGGUAAGUGCAAAUAAUUCUAAGAGGGUUAACUUUCGUGCAUUUGCUAGUUCAGUGAAGCAGGAUGGGUGCGAUGUUGUUUUGCCGAGGGAGUCUGUGCGUGCUAUGAAAGAUAAGCUGGCAAACACUUUGUAUGGGUAUUUUCUAGGAGAUCGUGUUGCUUUUCCUGUCGUUGAUUACUUUGUGUGGAAAAAUUGGAAGAAUUAUGGUUUAGAAAAAACGAUGAUGAAUGCGAAUGGGUUUUUCUUUUUUAAGUUUAGUGAUGAACUGGGUAUGAUGAAUGUUCUAAAGGACGGUCCGUGGAUUAUUAAAUCCCAACCGUUGUUUCUGAAUAACUGGACGCCAACAACUAAACUAGAAAAGAAAGAGGUUAAGAAGGUUCAAGUUUGGGUUAAAAUUCAUGAGGUCCCUAUUGCGGCUUAUACGGAAGAUGGUCUUAGCCUGAUUGCAAUGACAUUAGGGGAGCCGAAGAUGCUAGAUUCUUUUACUGCCUCGAUGUGCACGGAUUCGUGGGGUCGUAGUAGUUAUGCUAGAGCGUUGAUAGAGAUUUUGGCAGACAAAGAAAUGCGGGAAGAGGUCACCAUCGCUAUACCCGAGCCGGAGGGGGAGGGUUUUGUUAAGGUGACUAUGUACGUAGAGUAUGAAUGGAGUCCGUAUCGGUGUGCCAAGUGUUGCGUGUUUGGUCAUUCGAAUGAGAUGUGUCCGAAACAACCGUUGAAAGAAUCUAAAAUUCGAUAUGAGAGUCAAAAGCGUAUUAACCAACAAGUUAAAUCAGCAAAAAAAAAAAAAAACCACCCACUGUUGAUCAGGAUGGAUACACAGAAGUGUAUGGGAAGAAAAUGGCUCGUAGGGCUGGAAUUCCUGUUAACAAGCAAAAGUCGAAGUUCGAGUAGAGACCUGUGGGACCGAAACCUAAGGGGGACGGUAACAAUGCUUCAAGCUCUAAUACGUUCAGGUCGAAUAAUCCCUUUGAAAUCCUUAAUGCUGUUGAUCCAAGCUCGGGCCCAAAGGUUAAAGAUAGUUAGUAUUGCAGCGUGGAACAUUAGAGGGUUGAACCGCUCUCUUAAACAAUCAGAGGUUCGUCAAGCGGUAAAGGAUUAUAAUCUUAGUUUGUGUGCUAUUUUGGAAUCUCAUGUUGAUAUUGGUAAGCUUGAUAAAAUUUGCAAGUCCGUUUUUCGCAAUUGGGAUUGGACGUCUAAUGGGGCCAAAUGUGAUAAGGGUACAAGAAUUAUUAUUGGUUGGAAUCCAGCAGUCUUUGAUGUCAUGGUGUUAGACCAAUCUGAUCAGGUUAUGCAUCUCCAGCUCAUUUUUAAACUAGACAGGCGAAGGGUGUUUUGCUCUAUUGUAUAUGCGGCUAAUUAUUACAUUUCCCGUAGAAGUUUAUGGCAAAAUCUUUCAAUGCACAAAGUUUUAGUGGGUGGUGACCCCUGGUUCGUUAUGGGUGAUUUCAACUCGGCACUGAAUUUGGAAGACAAAUCCAUGGGGGUUUCAUCGAUUUCGGUUGGCAUGAAGGAUUUUCAAUCGUGUUUGGAUGAUAUUGAAAUGUUUGACAUUAAUAGUUCGGGUUUCCAUUUUACGUGGAACCAAAAACCGAAGAAGGGAGUUGGAUUACUAAAGAAAAUUGAUCGCGUGCUAGGAAAUACUCAGUUUGUGACUCUUUUCCCGCGAGCAGUGGCCUUAUUCCACCCGUAUAGACUGUCUGACCAUUGUCCAAGUAUUCUAAAAAUCCCGGAAGCUGAAUUUCUUGAUAUUGUCACUCGGGUUUGGAACACUAGAAUCAAUGGAGUGCACCAAUUUUGUGUUGUUAAAGGCUGCGGCUCCUCAAGAAGCCUCUUCGAGCAUUACUUUUUAAGCAAGGAAACCUGCAUAACAAAACCAAAGAUCUCCGGGCGAAACUCUAGCCUCCAACAGUCGAUUGAUCGUGAGCCUUUGAAUGUGGUCUUACAAGCUGAAGAAGCCACCAUUAUGAGUAGUUAUCAAGAAGCUUUACUGGAUGAGGAACGCUUUCUGAAAUAG